AUGAUAAUUAUAAGAAAGGGAUUUGAAAAUAAAAAUACAAAGAUUGUAAAUCUAGAGAAGUCUCUCCUAUUAGAGAGCAAGGAACAAGAUUUUGAAAGAUGUGCCAGUAUACACUAUAAUAUUCACUCACAGGAAAUAUGGGCUAAACCAUUAAUCUCAGGAACUAGAACACACCCUGAUGAUGACUACGUAUUAGUGUUUCAAUACCUUACUAGUGUAAAUUUUGUCAAAAAACUAAAUAAGUUAAAGUUCUUUGAUAUAGAUUAUAUUUCUUUAAGUAACUUCAGCUGCAGAGAUAAGCAUUUCUUGAGCUUCAUAAAUUUCUCAUUGCCAAAUAAAGCCAAUAAUGUGGUUUUAAGAUCAUCAAAUCUAGCGAAGCUGAAGAGUUCCAAUUCUUUUAUUUCAGUGAUCAGAAAUAGUUCUAAAGUAAUCAAAGCUGUAUCUUUCAUUGAGUUCUGAUUUAAUUAUCGUCAAUUAAAAAGAUUGAUGGCAUCUUUCAGACAUGUAGAGAAAAUACAUUUGAAUUAUUGCAAGUUUUCUAUUCCUAAAGUUCCUGAUUUCUCAAAGGCACUCAAGGAUUGUCAGAUUGGUAGUCUAGAUUUCUGGGGAUCAGGUCAUCCAAAACUCAGCAAUUGGGUAGAUGGCCUUGGUGAAUUCAAGAAUUUGGUUCAAGGCUUCGCAAGUUCUUCAGAUUUAAGUUUGAGUCUCAAAAUGGUAUACAUCAGACGUUGCGGAAUAGAACAAAAAGAAGCUGAACAAAUCUUUGCUGCAAACCAACUAAAUAAAGUCGAGGUUUAUGGUGACAAUUAAACUUCUGCUAAAAUGUGAUGUUUA